AUGAAUAGCAGCGAGCGUAACACCAAAUCCGCGAAUUACCCUUUUUACUCAUUCGAUGUAGGCACCAUUCCCGUUGGCCGCGGCCGCACACGCAAUCUGUACGGUAUUCGCAACAGCCACCAUCAGCCACAAACACGACACAACUUGACCGCCCGGCAACACACCUCCUCAGACAAGCCCUCCUCCGAUAACCACCAUGGCAAGCAACUGGUGGGAAGUCUGUUAGCACGGGACCUUCCUCUACUGCCCCGUCUCCAACGCCAAUUUCCCCCGCGGUUCAGAAAUGAGGGUUUGGAUGAGGUCUCGCCCAGUUACCUACAGGCUGGAAGAUCUGGGGGUCUCCGCCCUGUCGUCUGGUUUUCCCGGGACGCCUUGAGCGUGCUGCCAAGGUGGCGAUCUCGCUUGAGCGGCGAGGGUGCAGGCUGGCCAAGAGGAGGGUGUGGUGCAUCGCCAGUUCAGGUGCUGUGUGUGGAUGAGUCUGACGGCUUGGAGAGGCGAUUGGGUAUGAAUUCACAGCAUGGGUUUGGAGAGUUCCUCAUCACACAGGUCACGAUGAAGCUCUCGCUCUUCUCUCUCGUCUCCCUUGCGCUUUCUGCGUCUGCUUCUCGUUUGGACUUGGACUUUAGCCUUGUUGGAUAUGCAAAAGACAACCCCCUUGGACCUACCACGGGCGGAGCCAGCAAAGACGGCAAGACAAUCACCGUCACCAACGUGGCCGACUUCAUCCAAGCCGUCAACAACUCGGAGCCGACAGUCGUCUACGCCAAAGGCUCCUUCAACUUCUCCUCCCGCGUCCGCAUCGGCUCCCACAAAACCCUCGUCGGCGUAGGCAAACACGGGGCCUCCAUCACCGGCGCCGGCCUCAACCUCUUCAACGCAACAAACAUCAUCGUCCGCAACUUCCACCUCACCGCCAUCCCCGACGACGCAAUCACCAUCCGCAACAGCACCCGCAUCUGGAUCGACCACAACGAAUUCAGCACCGGCUCCUUCCCCGCCCUCGGCCCCGACGCCUUUGACGGCCAAGUCGACAUCAUCCGCGCCAGCGACUGGAUCACCCUCUCCUGGAACUUCUUCCACGACCACUGGAAAUCCAGCCUCGUCGGCAACUCGGACGCCCUGCGCGCCACCGACCUCGGCACCCUCCACAUCACCUACCACCACAACUACUGGCGCAACGAAGGCACCCGCGGCCCCGCCGCCCGCUUCGGCCACCAACACAUCUUCAACAACCUGUACGAGCACUUUCGCUACCAGGCCAUUCACUCCCGCAGCGACAACCAGCUCCUCGUCGAGGGAAACGUGUUUCGCGGGAAGUCUCGCGAGGCCCUGAGUACCUAUGGUCUGGUUAUCCCAGAGGAUAGCCCGAAUACGAGCCCCGAGGGCGAUUACGAACUCGACGGGUUUGCUAAUCUCGGGGCGAGGAAUGAUUGGGGGGGUGCGGGGGUGAAUAUUACGCAGGUGGGCAAUUUUACGCAGGUCCCGUAUGGGUAUAGGUUGACGCCGUUGGAGGAUGUGAAGAAGGUUGUUAGGAGGGGGGCUGGGGUGGGGAAGAUAUAG